CCCCGGCAUCAACAUCCCCGACAUUGAGGUCAAUCCCGGAACUACCGUCGACGUCACUCGGGCGCUCACUCCACACGUGGAUUUCGCGCGGGGAUAGGUCGCGGCUCAGAAUCAUUUCUCAAUCUUGUUCUUAACGUCAGUGACUCACUUUGCCUCAAUGUGUAUUUGUUGGAUAGUCAGUGAUCAAUAUCUAAUUUUCGCAAACUGACAUGCCAACUGAAAGUAAAGAUUUGUUGGCUUGUUCAUCAUGAAGAUAAUAUGUGUGGUAUUAUUUCCAAAAGGAUAAUAUAUCACGAGUUACAACAAAGCCAUUGUACUUAUGUUGCUUAGGCGCAGAAAAGAAAUUGAAGCAGUGUGCUUGUUAUAGCGUUGGAUACCCAGGAAAGCUACAAUAUUUAGAUAAUGGUGGUGUCGGGAGACCAAAAGCGUUUAUGUCUCACCUGGGAGUUUUUAAAGCUCUCUUAGCAAAGCAUUAUAUCAUCCAAGACAAAGAAACCAAGUGGACUUAUCACACAGAGGAUCAGUACAAGAGGAAAUCUAUAGAGGCAGCACUACACAAGAAGGCAGACGCGAUGGUGCUGAUGCUCGGAACGUGCGGCGUCCGGUGCGGCAAGGCAGUACUUCUAGUGUUCAACCUCGUAUUCUUUAUGACAGGCGUGGCAGUGAUGGUGGUGGGCGUCUGGUGCGUCGCCGGGGAUGGGCGGGACGUGAUGCUCGCCCUCGCGCCCACACCGGCGGACACGCCUACGCUCAUCCACCUGGCUUAUGGCCUCGUGGGCGCAGGCGGGGUAGUCCUGCUGACGUCCAUUCUGGGCGUGUGGGCGGCGCUGAAGGAAAACAAAUGUGGCCUUGGAAUGUAUGUGACAAUCGUUGUGCUCGUGAUCACGGGCGAGGUUGCGGUGGGCGUUUUGGGCGUGAUGUACCAGCUGCGGGCGGUGAACAGCCUCGGCGAGUCUCUUACGACCCGACUCAAGGCGCUGUACGGCACGCCCGGCCACGAGACCUUCACGCUUGCCGUUGACUACGUACAAUACCAGCUGCAGUGCUGCGGCGUGUCGGGGCCAGCAGACUGGGUGGACUCGCGAUGGCUGGCGGAGCGCGCGGGUGGGCCGGGGCGCAUCGUGCCACUCACGUGCUGCACGCUGCACCCUGACGCCCACGCCCACAUCAACCCGAAGCCUAUUAACGUCACGCUGUGCCAGAGCGAGGAGGAACUCUCCAACCGCGUCGCGCGCUUCCAGCAGAACUACAUGAACGGGCGGUGUAGAAGGAAAUCCGUCUUAAGUCGGCGUCACAAUAUGCGAGCGAACAAACGUCGCGGAGGGAAAAGCAUCCUCUGGUGGCGGUAA